UCUGAUCUAACGUCAAAAGCAAACCAAUAUUUUUGUUGCGAAUAUUUGGUCGUGUUGGUGCAGCUGUGGGCUUAAAACUUUUAAUUUAAAGUCAUUUCUCAUAUUGCCAGAAUACUAAUUCAAUAAUAUAUAUAACCAGGCUUAUAUUUUAAAUUUAUGAGAACAUAUUAAUUGUGUAAAGUGUGCUAUGUAAUGUGAUAGUUGGUCGCUGAAAUCUUCCUGUCUUAUGUAGUAGUAUCCAUUCUCGAUCAUGAAAUCGAGUAAGCGAAGACUUCAAGCGCUUACCGAAAGCUCUGAUGGAUUACCGAACUAUCUUAAAAUGGAAGAUUCUGAAACAUCAAUUCCCCCUGUCUUUAGAUCUAGACUACAUGAAUUGUUUUCUCAAAUAGAGAAAGAAUUUGACCUCCUGUAUACAGAAAACUUAAACUUGCAAGAGAAGAUAGAUAUACUGAGUGAAAAAUUAGAACGAGAAAGUUAUGCUGGUGAUAAACAAAAUAUUGACUAUAUAGAGUUUGAAACAUCAGGAAAAAACUCUAAAGCAAAAUUGACCCAAAACAAUUCACAAAAAGUAAAAGCCAGUCACAAAUUAAAGGUUCAAACAAGCAAGAUUGUAUCUAGUUUUAAGGCUCCAACAUACAAUUGCCAGCUUAUCAGAGAAUUUACUGGACAUAAAGAUGGCAUCUGGGAUGUGACUACUGCUCGUCCUGGACAGGCAUUGAUUGGUACUGCUUCAGCGGACCAUACUGCCUGCGUUUGGAGUGUAGAAUGGGCCAAGUGUUUGCUUCAGUACACCGGCCACUCCGGGUCAGUGAACUCUAUCAGGUUUCACCCAAAUAGAGACAUUGCCCUUACAAGCAGUGGUGAUAAUACAGCACAUGUGUGGCAGGCAGCUGUUAAUUGGGAUUUACCGCGAGGCCAGUCAUCUGAAGAGGAACUUGAAGGUGCUGGUGAAGAAAGCCUUGGUGAAGGUGAUAGACCAGAAGUAUUACGUACACCUCUUAUUGAACUGACUGGUCAUAUGGGUGUUGUCGUUGCUGCCGAUUGGCUGACUGGUGGUGAUCACGUCAUCACUGCUUCAUGGGAUAGGACCGCAAAUUUGUAUGAUGUCGAAACAGGAGAUUGUUUACAGAUUUUGACAGGUCAUGAUCACGAGUUGACGCAUGCGUCUGCGCAUCACAAUUCAAGGUUGGUGGUGACAGCCUCGAGGGAUACAACAUUCCGUCUAUGGGACUUCCGUGAGCCGAUACAUUCAGUUUCGGUUUUCCAAGGGCACACGGAGAGUGUUACAUCAGCAGUAUUUACGCGUGAAGAUAAAGUUGUGUCUGGAUCUGAUGAUCGCUCAGUCAAGGUGUGGGACGUGCGCAACAUGCGCUCGGCGCUGGCCACCAUCCGCUCCGACUCGUCCGUCAACCGCGUGUGCGUGAGCGGCGCCGGCCUCAUCGCCAUCCCGCACGACAACCGCCAGGUGCGCCUGUUCGACCUGCAGGGGCAGCGCCUGGCCCGUCUGCCGCGCUCCAGCAGGCAGGGACAUCGUCGUAUGGUGACUUCCGUGACUUGGGCAGAGGAUAUAUCGUCGAACAUCAACUUCUUCAGUUGUGGCUUCGACCGCCGCAUCCUGGGAUGGUCGAUCCAGCCUUCUAAGGACAACUGAAUCUCUACCUCAUAAUAUUGGUAUCGUUAUGUAAUACUAUUGAAAAAUUCUAGAUCUAGUAAAGUUUUACUAACAACUAUUAAAUAUAUUCUUCGUUAAAUUGCAUAUUUAGAUAUGUUUUAAUAUUACAAUUCGAUUGUGUGAAACAUGCUAUUUUUAAAAAAGGGAUAUGAAUGUUUUUAAAGAAAAAUGUUUAAAUUUGGUUUUAAAAUCAAUGCGAAUUAUUUAUUUGGUAAUAUUUCAAUAAAACUAUGUUAAAAUAUAAAUCAUAAUUGAGCCCUG